AUGGCUUCCAAGAACCCACCGCGAACCGUAGACGAUAUCGCUCGUCAUUUCUCGCCGGCAUGGUUCACAGUUAUAAUGGGAACGGGAGCGGUGUCCAUGGUGUUCAACAACUUCCCGUACGCGACUCACUCGGCAACGCUGAAGAUAUUCUCCGCCAUCUUGUUUUUCUUAAACCUAUCCCUGUUCAUCAUUUUCAACAUCCUAAGCCUCUACCGAUAUUUGAGAUACCCGCAGGUAUGGUCCGACAUGCUUUGCCACCCCGUCCAAAGCCUGUAUCUCGGAACCUACGCCAUGGGGUUUUCGACCAUCAUUAAUGUCGGCGUCCAGCUAAUCUAUGAGGAGUACAAGUUCGGAGGUCCAGCUUUCUUAUAUUUUCUUUGGGCGUGCUGGUGGUACGACGUUGUUUUGUCCUUUUUGUGCGGUUUCGUGUUGGUGCAUAUAAUGAUGACAAGACAGCCUCACAGAAUAGAGACAUUAACCACCGUCUGGAUCCUCCCGCCGGCCGCCCUCGUCGUCGCAUCGUCCACUGGCGGCAUCAUCGCCGAGGCCCUGCAGGCCAUCCACCCCUCGCGCGCGCUCCUCACACUCACUGUCUCCGCGUUCAUGGUCACCACCGGACUCCUGAUUGACUUCAUGCUCUAUACGCUCUACUUCCUGCGACUGCUCGUACACGGCCUGCCCGAGCGCACGAACGUCCUCAGCUCGUUCAUCGCGCUGGGGCCGACCGGACAGGGCGGCUUCUCCAUCAUGCAGAUCGGCAAAGGUUUCGCGGCCGCGCUGCCACUGCAAUACGGCACCUCGAGCUUCCUGCGAGACAACAGCACGGGCGGCACCAUCAACGCGAUAUGCAUGGUCCUCGCGUUCAUCAUGUGGGCGAUCACGACAAUGUGGUUCUUUUACGCCGUGCUCGCCGUGCAGCACGGCGUGCGUAAGACGCGGUUUCCCUUCAGCUUGCCCUUCUGGGGGUUGAUCUUCCCAAACGGCGUGUAUGCAGACCUGACGAUCUCGCUGUAUAGCGCACUCGACUCCAAAUUCUUCCGAGUGUGGGGUGCCAUCUACGGUGCCGCGACGAUAGCGCUCUGGCUCGUCGUCUUCAUGCAAACGCUGCCGCUCGUCUGGAGCGGUGUCAUCUUCAACUCACCGGAUCUGGAAAAGAUCGAUGGCGCGAGGGAUUUCUUGAAGCGGGAGCAGAGCGGACUUGAAGAUGCAAGAAUUCAUAGGGAGGACACCGCUGAUUCUGAGAGUACGCGGAAUGGCUAA